AUGGCCAUCUACAGAUCAAUUGGUUAUCCAGAUUUAUUUAUUACAUUUACUUGCAAUCCACAAUGGGAAGAAAUCAAACGUUAUUGCAAAGAGACCAACUUGAAGCUUGAAGACAGACACAAUGUAAUUUGCAGACUAUUCAAAGCAAAGUUGGAGAAGCUUAUCAAAGACAUUCAUAGAAAUAGAAUUUUUGGUGUUUCCAAAGCAGUGAUAUAUACCAUCGAGUUCCAGAAAUGUGGAUUGCCACAUGCACAUAUAUUACUAUUUCUUGCAGCAGAAUAUAAAUAUCCUUCUCCAGAAGAUAUUGACAAAAUCAUAUCAGCUGAGAUCCCAGAUCCAUUACAUGAUCUAAAUUAUUAUGAAGCAGUUAAGCAUUUUAUGAAUGGAUAUCUAGUAUAUAGGCGUCAAGAUGAUAAUAGAACCAUUGAGGUUUCAGGUAUUCAGUUGGAUAAUCGUUAUGUUGUGCCUUAUAAUAGAUUCCUAUUGUUAAAAUAUGGUGCUCAUAUAAAUGUUGAGUGGAAACCAUCAGUUGAAUGGCUGAGUUUUCACUUGCCUAAUGAGCAGACGAUUCUAUUUGAAGAUAACGUCACAUUGCAAACCACGGUAAACAGAGCAACAAUCAAAGAAUCAAUGUUCAUAGCAUGGUUCAAAGCAAAUGCAACUUAUGAAUCAGCCAGACAAUUAACUUACAAUGACUUCCCAACUCAUUUUGUUUGGAAACGGAGCAUCAGAACUUGGGAACCAAGAAAAAGUGCUCAAGUAAUUGGUAGAUUAUUCUUUGUCCCACCAUCAUACGGUGAUUUAUACUAUCUUAGAAUGCUAUUGAAUAUUGUAAGAGGUCCAACAAGUUAUCAAGAUGUAAAAACAUACAAUGGUGUCUGA